CGCGCCGGUGACUUGAAUCGGGAUCAACGCCGUGAGAUACGCCUGCUACGAGAGAUAGGAUGGUACUUGAAGAGGAUCAAGACCUAUACUGGCGCUACAAUGGGCCAGGUUCGAUAUGCGAUAUCUGCAGCACAAGCAACUCCUCGAAAACGAUCUUGCCGGCCUGGUAUGUCAACUGCGGCCCAAAUUGACGAGCUCAUUGAAUUCAUCACAUCUUCAAAGGAAGGUCGACGGAUGCCGUGGAAGCAGCUACCUGAGGCAAUGGGCUGGAUUGUCGCUCAUUACGCUGUUCGUUACGCGCUCCGUCGUGCUGGU